ACACCCCGCAGCUUCCUGGCCAGCAGCUCAGUCUGUUAACAAACACAGACUGAGCUGAAGGCAUAGACACACCAUGGUGACAUUCUCAAAUAAUUUCAGCAUAUUGACACAGAUGGUGUCGGAUUUCAGCAUAACACUUGAGAAGAUUUCUUUUUCUGUAUCCCACUGGGCUGUUGGAAAUAGAGUUUUCUAGUAUUUUUGCCUUGCCAUGGACUCUACGGCUGUAUCUGGAGUUUGCGAACUUGAUGACCUUCGCCCCAGGCUGCUGUAGAGAUGCCAGGAAACCAGUACCAGGUAGCGAGCCACAAGCUCCACCACAGCCAGUACAGCCUGACGGACAGCUCAGAGGCCGGCACGGAGGAUGACGAGGCCGAGGUCACACUGCGCCCCACUCCUUUGCAGAAACUCACUGCAGACAUGUGCAAAGAUGAGAAGAUCAUCAAGGAGCUGAUCAUAGGCCGCAGGGUGGGCUUUUACAAAGUCCGCGGUGAGAUUGGCUAUGGAACUUUCUCCAGGGUCAAACUGGCCUUCCACGCCUUAACCAAAGACAAGGUGGCCCUGAAGGUGCUGGAUAAGACCAGGCUGGAUGUGGAGGCCCACCGUCUGCUAUCCAGGGAGAUCUCCAACAUGGAGGUCCUGCAUCACACCAACGUGGUCCGUCUGUACGAGGUGGUGGAGACGCCCAGCCGUGUCUACCUGGUGCUGGAGUACGCAGGAGGCGGCGACCUCCACACCAGGAUCUGCGAUGAGGGCAAACUGUCUGAUAAGAACAGCAAGAUCACCUUCGCCCAGAUCUUAUCUGCCAUCAAAUAUUUGCACAACAACAACAUCAUCCACCGGGACCUGAAGGCCGAGAACGUCCUGUUCACCAGCAGUGCCUGUGUGAAGGUGGCUGACUUUGGAUUUAGCACCCAUGUCUCAAACCGCAACAAUGCCCUGGACACCUUCUGCGGCUCUCCCCCCUAUGCCGCCCCGGAGCUCUUCAGGGACGAGUGCUACGUGGGGCCCCCUGUGGACGUGUGGGCCAUGGGGGUCCUACUUUUCUUCAUGGUGACUGGCACCAUGCCGUUCCGCGCUGAAACCAUGGGCAAGCUGCGCCGCUGCAUUUUGGACGGCACCUACACUAUCCCUCCCUGGGUGCCGGGCCCCUGCCAGAGGCUGAUCAAGGGGAUCUUGAAGCCCGUACCCACAGAUCGUUACGCGGUGGAUCAGAUGUUGGGCUGUGACUGGCUCUUGCCUGUGGAGUUUCCAUGGUCACUGGUGCCUCCCGAUCCACCGAGCCCCUUCCGCCUGCUCGACUCGGACCCCGGGGAACUAGAGGACGAAGAGGAGGAGGUCAGGGCCUCUUUGGAUGAGCUGGGAUUUACCGUGGAGCACAUACGGAACAAUCAGCCCAACAACAGCCGGAGCCCUGUCACCGGGGUGUACCGUAUCCUCCUACACAGUGCCCAGAAGAGGCGGGGCUGUGACACUGUGCCUGUGGUGAGGGGCAUGGUGCGGGACCCCAAGAGGGAGGGCCUCCGAGCCUACAGGGGCCUCAGGCACACCUCCAAGUUCUGUGUGCUUUCAUAAUAAACAAAGACAUACAACAUCACAGUUUUUCUUACAGACC